AUGGCCGACCGCCACAUCGAGUUUGGUCUGGGUCUCAAGAUGGACGGCUCGACUCACUUCAACGACCUUACCAACUUGACGACCUCGCCUCGUCAUGCGAUGGGCAACGACCACCAGGCAGCGAGCUCGGGACAGCAGUUGAGCCAUGGCUUUGCCCAGCACAACAACAUGGGCAUGACUCAAGGCGCGGCUUAUGACACCAGCUCCCAUGACACGCUCAUGAAGCACAGUGCUCCCGACCUCUCCGUCUACAAUGGCCCGCACGUCGAAGGCAAUAGCAUGCACCAGCAACACACUGGAGCAACGAACCAAGCUCAUGAUGCGGACCCGCAACCUUCUGCUCCGCAUUCCGCAGGUCUGGAACAAGCCUUUGCUGAUAUGGGCUCGCACACCAACAGUGCGCAGCGCCAAGAUCAAGCUACCCAAGCUCAUAGCGCCCCGGACAUGCAGGGCAUGUUCGAUGCCCAGAUCCAAAGCUCAGGUUCUCAGACUACGAUCCAGGGUCACACAUUAGCAGAGGAAAGCGCACACCCCACUCAGGGCGGGCAAAUCCAACCCCAUCCUGUCAGCUUCCAGGUCAAGAGCGAGCUGUCGCCCAGUGUCGAUCGCCAUCAAGUCAGGUCGUAUCCACCAUCUCCUCCUACUCGAUCUCAGAUGUUCAAUCCAGACCCUAGAUCGUUUCCGCUAGGAAUGAGGCCGAUGGACGGCCGCCACGUGCCCUCGCAUCGACCCAGUCAUAGCCUCGGGCAGGCUGCAGCUUUUAUGUCUGGCGUGCCUGACCGCACAAUCUUUGCGCACAACCAUACCAGUGCUCCUGUUUCUCCAUCCGAUGGCAUGCAUUCAGGAGGCCCCUUCGAUACUCUCUUCCAGUACCCGGACCCUCGACACGAUGCUGGCAUCAACAUGGCAGAACACGUUCAUGUGCUCGAGCAUGGCGGUCCGCAUCUAGCUACACGCAACCACGGCCAUUUCACCAGGUCCUGCGCACCCUCAGUGCGAUCGACCUCACCUUCGGCGAGCAUGGCCUCCACUUCGAUGACCUCGAUCUCGCCUCUUGGCAGUGCUCGUAUGAACGCUGACGGCUCUUUCACAUCGCAGGAGACGUCGUUCGACAGCCUCUCCAACGCUGCAUCCGGAUCGUACAGUAGGGCCUCCUCCACGUCUGACGAGCUCUUCUAUUCGGACCUCGGCGGAUCCCUCGGCCUGCCCUCCUCUCUGCGCAUGUCAAAGCAGAAGAAGAAGCUCCGCAACAUCGAUCGCAAGAUGAUCUGCGACUAUUCUGUGGCCCAUCCUACCGUCAAGCAGGACGCCAUCGCCAACGAGUUCGGUAUCGAGCGCAGCACUGUCAGCAAGAUCCUCAAACAGAAGGACAAGUGGUUGUCCAUCGAUCCUGAAAGCGGUGCUGCAAGGAUCGCCAAGCAUCGUGCUGUCAAGUUUCCGGCCGUCGAGGAUCGUCUGACCAGCUGGGUCGAUGAGCUCAAGGCUCGAGGUGAGCCCAUCCGCGACUCCACCCUUCGACAGGAAGCGCUUCGAAUCGCUCGUGAGCUUGGCCUUAGUGAGGACAAGUUCAAGGCUUCAGGUGGCUGGAUCGAGAAGUUCAGAGAACGUAACCAGAUCCCAAAGCCUCGUAACGCUGAAUCUGGCAGCACCGGCCCUGAUGCGCCUGAGUCUGCCAAAUCACCUAAGCCUUCGCCAAGCCACGGCGCCGGAGCUUUUGCACCUCGAACUGUGGCUUCGACGCCUUCCAGCGAUGCCGUUGGUCCUUCGUCUGGAGCUGAAGGGCAGACUAACCCCGCUCGACGCCAGAGUACCAGAAAUAGCAAGGCAAAGGGGACGCCUGGAAAGCGAGCUAGAGAAGUUGAAGAGAAGACCCAAGCCAUAUUGGGUAUGUCUCCACUCAGCCACGACAUGGCUCGCAUGCAUUUCAACAAUGGCGGAGCUCCUGCACAGAUGCCCAAUCAUCCCGGCUUCUUCAGACCAAACUUCUACGAGGGACAUCCAGCCGGGCCUCAGCCUAUGCAGAACUAUCAGCUCAUGGUUCGUCCCGACGGCAUGCCAGGUCCAACCUUCCUUAUUGAAGAUCAGGAUCAACAAGACCGUAAGCGAAUGCGUGCCAUGCAGGCGUUCCAGGGUCACCAGGCUGCGAUGGGACUUGGUCCUGCCAUCGACUUCCACUUCCCUCAGGCGAUUGGCCCAGCCGCGUCGCCGUCGCAGCAGCAGCAGCAGAUGACGAUGUUGCACCAGCUUCCUCAAGGUCCCUCUGACCAGACGCCUGACCUGAGUCCCCGUGCCCGUCGCACGCCCAGCAAGGCAACGGCUGAUGGUAGCACCCGCGGACGCUCGCGUCGAGGCAAUGGCCGUCUCUCUAAUGCCAACCACACGCCUCAGACUCCUUCUCCCUUAUCCGUGUCGCCCGCUGACGCAAUAGGCGAGAUAAUCUUCCAUGGCUUGGACAGAGCCGAUGCUCAGCAGCUCACCGCAGCCGCAAUGGAACGCAUUCGGGCUUUGCAGAACUCGAGCGACAAGUCGUCGGUUGUCACCGCGCAACAGGCUCAGCAGUCGUUGGAUCUCGUCCUCCGUUUCCUCAGUGAACAGCCGAGCGACUUUUUGCCCGCGAACCACCUGAUCGUCUUUGGACACUUGCAGGCUAACAUCGAGCAGAAGAUCCGCGGGCAUCAGGAGCAGCCCGGUGAUGAGCCUGUCGCUGAGGCUUCCGGCUCGGGCUCGCAGGCGCCUGUUCAAGCCGACAGUUCGUCGAACGGCGAAGACAACCAGAUGAGCACGGAAGAGCAAUUGAACAGCUGA